AUGCAUUACUACGGACUGAUAAACACUACGGCGCGUGACACUCACUGCACGGCGCGUGACACUCACUGCACGGCGCGUGACACUCACUGCACGGCGCGUGACACUCACUGCACGGCGCGUGACACUCACUGCACGGCGUGUGACACUCACUGCACUACCGUAAACAAUGACCACGUCUCCCCCACAGCGGAGAACAGUUCGGUGGUGGGGAACCUGAGUGCUGACGCGCGGCGUCUGCUGUACAACGUAAGCAGCCCCGGCGCUCUGCAACUGCCGUCCAUCUACAGCUACCUGCCUCAUCUGCUGCGCGACCCUCACUCUACCACACCCGCCUUCAUCCUCUCCAAGCGCAGAACCAACGAAUUUGUUAGCGACCUGGACUACGUGCGGCAGGUUGCAUCGUUGGUCCACAGGAACCUGAAGGAGCACGUGGAGUCUGGUCUGGUGGAGGUGCUGUCGCCCCCCGCCUCCUUCUACCCUGACUUUUCGACCCUCAAGUCAACCCUCGGCGACCCCCUCGAGAGGGUUAGAUGGCGCACCAAGCAGAACCUGGACUACGCGUUCCUGAUGAUGUACGCGCAGACGAAGGGCGUCUUCUACCUGCAGCUCGAGGACGACGUGCAGACCAAGCCAGGCUACAUCUCCACCAUCACGUCCUUCGCACUACAGAAGUCCGCCCAGAACAAGGACUGGUUUGUGCUGGACUUCUGCCAGCUCGGCUUCAUAGGCAAGAUGUUCAAGUGUGCAGAACUUCCGUCGCUGGUUCAGUUCUUCCUGAUGUUCUAUAACGAUAAGCCUGUAGACUGGCUGCUCGACUACCUCGUCCAGACCAAGAGCUGCAACCUCGACAAGGACGGCGACUGCAAGAAAGCUAAGGAAAAGCUAUGGAUCCACUACAAGCCAUCGCUGUUUCAACACAUCGGCACGCACUCUUCACUCAAGGGCAAGGUCCAGAAACUCAAGGACAAGCAGUUCGGCAAGGUAGAGUUGUUCAAGCCCCACCAGAACCCGCCGGCCGUGGUCACGACCUCCAUCAAGCCCUACAAGAGCUUCACGCUCGAGAAGGCGUACCGUGGCGAGAGCUUCUUCUGGGGCCUCCUGCCGCAGCAGGGCGACGAGCUCUGCUUCGUCUUCACCGAGCCCGUCCUCAUCACGCACUAUCUAUUUCGGAGCGGCAACGUGGAGCAUCCGUCUGACAGGUUCUACAAGACCACCGUGGAAGUGCUGCCUGAGAAGUCCCCCGCCCCGGGAGCUGUGCUGUACAAGGCCAGCAACACGUCCGGCUAUCUUAUCGUCGGCAUGUUCGACGAGCUUGGCGUGGCGGAGGGCAGCGUAGCGGCGGGCGUGGGGCGCGUCAAGGCGGUGGCGCUGCGCGUGCAGGCAGAGAGCGACAACUGGGCCAUCAUCAGCGAGAUACAUCUGAAGACCACGCCAUCGAGGUGACCUCCACUCCUGCUACUUUACCUCGCCUUGUCAACACGACCGCUACUUUACCUCGCCUUGUCAACACGACCGCUACUUUACCUCGCAUUCUUGUCAACACGACCGCUACUUUGUUUCGUCUAUACAAUGACAUUAGCAUGGAAACAACACAAGUUGCUCCCCUUUUUUAUGGCUCGAAGAAUUUAUACCCAAGAUUAUAACUUGUUAUAAGCAAAUGAAUCUCUGCAAAUCUCUGAUAAGAAGUAGGAACUGACAAACAUAAAUGUUUGUUGAAUUGAUUCAUAAAUUGUUGUCCGGCUGACUGUUAUCGAUCACAUGUUGUUUAAUAGUUAACGCUUACUCAGCACUUGGGCUCAUUGCGUUUCAUGUAAAAUGAUUUUUUCUUGAUUCAUCAACUGUUUCAACUCGCGUUAGGAGCCUAUUAUUCGAAAUUUAACUAUUGCUAUAAUGUGACAACAUAUAUAGAAGAUUACCAAAUUAUUUAUGAAUGUAGCACGUUUUCACUUUUUCGGCACUCCACUACAAUUGCAUUAAUAGUUACUUAAUUAUUUUGAUUGUGAGCUAUAAGAUAUAAAGAUGCAUCAAUAGCGGUAGGCUAUGACCUCUCAGCGACGACUAGGCGCGCUCUUCGUCAAGAGGGCAAGGCCUGCAGUGUCGGUGUGGUUGUUUUACCGUAGCUCUUGAUUGUCGGCGGAUGCCUCAGAUGGACGAAGAAGAGACGCGUCUAAGGUGCAUAUCGACGCCGUGCCGAGGUCGGGGAGACGCUCCCUGGCGAGGCUUGGUGGCAGCAAUGUUCCGGCAGCGCCUGAGCUGUCAGGGCGCGGUGCAGACCUUGUCUCCUGCCCUCACAUGACACAGCGGCUACUGGGCGCUCCGUCACCUUAGAUUACGUUCCCUAUGGUCGUCUAGAGAUAAUUUCUGGUAUUGAGGACUAGAGAUCAUCUCUAGUAUUGAGGACUAGAGAUCAUCUCUAGUACGGAGGACUAGAGAUCAUCUCUAGUAUUGAGGACUAGAGAUCAUCUGUAGGUGCUAGUCUCAACUAGUGCUAUUAUCUACUGCUUGUCUGAACGCCCCUCACGUUUCAUGCCGUCCAGCAGGCCUCUACUGCGUGCGUCACACGCGACGUUCUAAUGUCUUGCGCGCAUGUUUGGGUCAACAGAAGACGUAAGAUUAUUGGCGCUGUGGCAUUACCAAUGGUCAGUAUCCUGUUUAUUAAGCCAACAGAUUAAUUCGGCUGGUCUAAGGUACCAACGUCGAACGUCGGAACUCUUAUUUAUGGUCUGAUGAGCCUUGACAGAAUGUCUAACUUUAUCUUCGAUGACAUAAUUGCAUCAUCAGGUUUGAAUAUAUGUCUAAUUCUUAGCAUCUUAUCCUGUGGCCAGAGACUUACUAUAUCACCGGUACUAUAUUUAUUCAGUCUAUAUUUUUCACUCCUUGAAACGUAUUCUAGGCUUGAAUUACUCUCCUAAUAAGUAUUUUUCACGUGCCGUUGUGUGUUAGUCAAAUUUCUGCGGCGGUUCACGUACUCUUAUUUCAACGAAUUGUGUAUAUUGUGUCAUGCUCGUCCGCCUGCCUUUGUUACGAGGUGCGGUGCUGCUGCUGCUGCGAUGGCAUAGUUGCUAUUGUAUCUUCCUCUGUGAUAACUCGGUAUGUGCUUCAUGUUCACCACUCACUGCUGAUGCCACUCACUCAGCUGACCAAAUCAAUGUGCAUUAUUGACACUCAUGCCGCAGUUUCGAUCAAGCUACAUCAACAAUAGAGCGCAUAUAUUUGAGAUCGAUUAUCAUUUUCUCAUUUAUUAAUAUUAAUUAUAAUUACUUGAUUAAUGUAGGCUACUUGUGUGUGUUUGAGCGCGUGCUGUGGUAGAACGUCUCGUGGCAUGAAGUGCCUGCUCGUACUUCCACUACUUAGAUUAUCAUGUUAACUAUCAUAGGUAAUAUGUAAGUAAAGAAUGUUGUUUGUAAUCCCUAAGAAGAAUUGCUAUUUUAUAUGAGAAUAUCUUGUUGUGUUUUUUCGUCGCAUAAAUUUAUUUAAUAUCGAUACAUUUUGUUGUUGAUCUCUUUGAGGAAUUUUCUAAACUUACUGGAGUUUAAUCUCUUUACGGUCCUUUUCCCUUCACACUGUAAACACUAUGCUGUUCCAGUGAAAUAACAUAUGGGUUAACUUUUAUACUUUAUGAUGUGCGCCAUUUUAUAAUAUUAGAGCGUUCAAGAUUAGUGGAGCUAAACCAGCCAAAUGCACACGGCACAAAGAGCGAAACUGUCAGCGAUGUAUGAAGGGAUGUCGCUUUCUUACGCAACAAAUUGCCUGGCCGGCGGGUAUAAAAAUUUAUAUCAUGUAAAUCUCGAUCAAAUUCUGCCGAACAAAGUGAUAUUGCUGCUAAAAAAAGUUUAUUCAUAUUGAUUAAAAAUGUUAUUUACUGGAUCGGUUUGUCUCGGCUAUUUUCUUGGAGGUGCAAAUGUUCAUGGUUUAUUCCAAUCAGGACAGGAAAAUAAGAAUAUGUAAGAAGUAGCUGCGUUUGGUUAGGAAUGAAGAGACGAUUAACCCGUUUCUUGAAUUACAGGCACAAUAGAGGACCUUUGCCUUGUUACAUAACGUUGCCUUAAUGUUGCUCUCAGCUGUUGAAUGACUCGUGUUAUAUUUAAUAAACUUUUAGUAUCCUUCAUAUAGGUUGCGUUUGCCACCUCUCAACUACUCUGGGCAAACUAUAAGCAAUUUAUAUCAAUGCAGAGCGAGCAAAACGCUCUCUACACGCUGAACAUUUGUCGCUUGAUUCUAACUGUUUUGCUGGCAUGCUAUUUGUAUGUUGAUGUGUACAACUGUAGUUGCAAAACGAUGUCCGGUGUUGUUUUCUAGUGCUGAAGUCUAUCCACGCGGGCUAAAUAUUGGGUCAACUUUAUCCAGAGAAAACCAUCAGGGAGAUCUUCUGACGUUAGCUUGUGCUCAUAAGAAGUCUUAGGUAAAUACGAGCUCCUAUGGGCAUUGUUCCUGAGCACCUUACCCCAGAGCACGCGGUGUCCGAGUGCUGCAGGAUUCACAAGUUUCUAUGUCUCGAGCAGGUGGCCGACGUCUCGUAUUAGCGACAUCUUGUUCGCGACUCUUCGUAUCUCUUGCUGUACUUCUUUUCCUUCUUAGCACUUCGUCUUUUUGAAAUGACGAAGCCCAGCUUCUUACUAGCUUCAGCGGGCGGGUCAUUCGAGCCCUGCACUCCUCGGAGAAGAUAUUUAUUCUUGACGUUCGGUGCGAGGUUAAUAGCUCGAGCGCUGGUCAACCAUGUGGCCAUUUAACUAACUGAUUGUGAUCAAUUGCUGAUAUGCUUUACGUGUUUGCCUUCUUGUGAACAAAGUUGUAUUUUACUAUCAGUGGUUACUUCUGUGAUGGUUUUUCAUGUGAAUAAUUUUUGAAGUUUUAAUUACUUGUUUGGGCAUUUGUUUAUGUAAUUAUUUGACUAUCUCAUCUUGUUUAUGGUAUAUGAGGCUAGGUUUCAUUUGUCUAACAUAGAAGUCUCCAAAAUGCUCAUAUUGUAAUAUUUAUCUCUUAUUGAGUGGUAACGUCACUCUAAAUUCGAUAUCAGCGAAUAAUAAAGCUCAAAAUCUUCAAUGAGUAGCAUUUAAGUCUGUUUAAACCUUUAACGCGUAUUUAUGUCCAAGUCUACGUAAUUUUUCCACCACGUGAAAGUUCGGCAAUAGAAAAACAUUUUCAAAGCGCUCCUGUAACUAUUUUUUAGACUGUAAAAUGAUAAAUGUUUGUGUUUGUGAACUUUUCUCAGGAUUUUUCUACUUAGAAGUAGGCCGCAGAGGUCAAGGGAGUUCGCUGAGCUGAGUUAUUUGCUAAGCCGGCGGCUCUAUUAUUAUGGAGUGCUGCUCGUCCCGCUGUCCGGCUGUGGACGGCGGUGACGACAAGUUUGCAGUCUGGGUGUUGUACAUUUAUUGACUUAUUAAGUGUUGGUAUGAAUUUUUAUCGUAUUGUAUUUUGUCUCCUAAGUUGAGUGUAUAUCAGACGUCUGAUUCAUAUGGCCAAUCUUUUGUAUUAACUGUAAGCAAUGUAAAAGAAAGAAAAAUGUUCGCAACCGAAACUAACAUGCCUUUGACGUAGAAGUGAAAUGGUCCUCCCUAGUAACUAUCAUCUCGCAAUGGAAUUUUAGCCUCAAGUUUCCUUUUAAGCCGUCGGCUGGGACCAGCAGUGCAGUGUAAAGGUCACCCUUCUUGUCUUAACAUCAUCUAGGAGAGGCUGCAUUGUCUUCUGAUGCCAUCAACUCGCUUCGUAAAAUAAUUUCUUUGUCAGAACAUUUGUUGUUGGGCUGUUAUGAACAUUGUUUGAUCUAUUGUUGUUUGUUUUUAAUUAUGAUGGUCAUUUUGACGCUAUUUAAUUUAGAUUCUCUAGAAACGGCGUCAGUCAUUAAACAACGACGACCGAUGUGCAUUUUAAGAAUCUUGCAACAAUUGUUUUGUAAAAACGUUCCAGUAAUUACAGUCUAACAUGAUGCUCCCAUCCUUCUGUGUCGCUUCCAUAUUUGUAUCGCUGGACUCAAACUAGCGCUCUACGAAACAUUUAAACUUCACCUUUGCUAAAAAUCAUGUGAGAAAUAUGCGUGCUGUGGACCAAAUUUAUCGGAUGAAUAUUGAGUCUGCAUUAGUCGUUUAUAAUAAUACUUUUGCUGACAGUUUCAGCAGGUGAUGUCAAGUGCCUCGGGUUCUUCAUUGUAAACCAUAUGUCGGCAGACCUUGUUGCAUGAUGUUCAUUAGGUGUUAUCUUAUCCCUUAAGUAUCCUGAUGCUUAUGGUGCUCACUAUAACAAGGCUACACAAUGCAGGAACAGUAUGCGAAAAAUAAGCGUCGGAAUGGCAAGUUUUCUCGGAUCAAGCUUUAUUUAGUGCCCUCAUUAAGCUUAAUGCAACCUCGCCGAAGCUCUUGACCGUCACAUUAGCGAAUUCUUGUAGUUCUUUUCUCACAUUAUUUCCUAGAAGAAUAGCUACGAAGUUCUGCAUAAAUCUGAGCUUUAUGCGAAUUACUGCGGAAUAAGUGAGAAUGCCUCAGUUAUGCGCUAUAAUGGAGCAUCCAAUCGUGACUUGCGCCUGAUUUGAACACGAUUCCUGCAUAUUGUACUCAAAUAUUCUCGCUGAUACUCCCAGUUGCUUCGGUUUUCGGGCAACAACAACCUACGUGUGUCAAAAUAGUAUGAUUUAAGCUCAUAGUCUUUCUCACUAAGAUGGCCAAGAAUCUUGGUUUGUUGCGGAGAGCGCGUGCUGCUGAUGAAUCCAUAUCAUCUGACUGUCGAACUCGAGUCUUGCCCCGUCAGUGGAGAGAAGAGAAGGGUAUAUCAAUGACUAAG